CUUAUUAAUUACAUUCUGUCAGGUUUAUAUAUUGUUUAGGAUUAUUGUGCAUUUGUUCAUGAAGAUGUAACUGAAUUAGGCUGUAUUACUCGUUUUUGUGUCCUUUGAGUUGGUUCGAAAAAUCAUUGGAUAUUAAAAAUGACUGGCGAUAUCAUUUCAUCAGCUUUUGUUCAACAUCACUGCAGGACUUUGGCAUCAGAAAGCAGUGACUUAGCAAGUGCUUGUCAAAUCAUCAAGGAUCGUUUAUACUUUGCUACACUGAGAACAAGACCAAAAAGCACCAAUCACACUCAUUAUUUUUCUGUUGACGAGGAGUUAAUAUAUGAAAAUUUCUAUGCUGACUUUGGCCCAUUAAACCUUGCACAAUUACAUCGCUAUUGUGCUAAACUACAGAAAAAACUGAAAUCUGUAACAUUAGCUAAAAAGAAGUUAAUUCAUUACACGUCAUUUGAUGCAAGAAAGCGUGCAAAUGCAGCAUUUUUGGUUGGAGCUUAUCAAAUAAUUCAUCUGAAGUUGUCUCCUGAGGAAGCCUAUAGACCGUUAGUUUCUGGAAACAGUCCCCCAUACCUUCCGUUUCGUGAUGCUUCUUUUGGGCCAUGCUCUUACAAUCUAACAUUGCUAGACUGUUUACAUGCUGUGCAUAAAGCAGUAAUGCAUGGGUUUUAUGAUCCUGAAUCUUUCGAUGCAGAUGAAUAUGAGCAUUACGAACGAGUAGAAAAUGGAGAUUUCAACUGGAUUGUCCCUGGGAAAUUUCUUGCUUUCAGUGGGCCUCAUCCAAAGAGUAAAAUAGAAAAUGGAUACCCAUUGCAUGCUCCUGAAGCCUAUUUUCCAUACUUUCGAAAACAUGGUAUUACUUGUGUUAUCCGACUAAACAAGAGACUGUAUGAUGCCAGACGCUUUCAGGAUGCAGGAUUUGAUCACUAUGAUUUGUUUUUCAUUGAUGGAAGUACUCCUUCUGAUACUAUUUUACGUAAAUUUUUGAAUAUUUGCGAAACCACUGAAGGUGCGAUUGCUGUCCAUUGUAAAGCUGGACUGGGGAGAACAGGAACGUUAAUUGGAUGUUACAUGAUGAAACACUAUCGUUUCACAUCUGCGGAAACAAUCGCUUGGAUCAGAAUAUCUCGACCAGGAUCUGUCAUCGGACCACAGCAACAGUUUAUCGAAGAAAAACAGCACAGUAUGUGGGUGCAAGGUGAUCUAUACCGUGCCAAAAAGAACGACAGAAAAUCGGAAAGCAGCCGAGUCACUUUGCAGCACAUAACAUCCGAAGUUGAUGACAUAGAUAUAUCAGAUAGAGGUUACACACAUGCAUAUGAGUCGUAUAGAAAAGGAUCAGGCAGUAAAACAACAGACAGGCUGUCUCAAGGUGAUAGGUUACGAGCAGCCAAAGCAAAACGUCAUCCACACUCUGCCACAACAGGGACCACGAGAUACUCUGAUAGUGGUCUCUACAGCAAUGGACGAAGCACUUCACAUCUUUUACGAUCUACGGUUCCUAACUCAGUCUCAACUUUAUCAUCACAACUUAAAGCGACGAAACUGGUUCUCUCUGAAGGACAUGGCAUCACAACAAGAAGCAAGUUCAGAUCGACAAGUGCGAAUGUUGGGGUGAAAACCCGACGCAGUCAAAAAUCAAGAACUCCUCCAGGGUAUUCAUUCAGUCAUAUUUAUUCUGACGAAUAGCAAACUGAUAAUAUUGAAAAGCUAGCAAAAAUACUUAACAAAUAAUAUUCAUUCCUGGGUGGGUCAAAAAUAUACAAUUGAAUGUUUUAUCUUUUGUCUAUAUUUGGCUGAAAUAAUGUUAUUUUUAGGCUUAGUUUCUAUUAUUCACAUUUGUAGGGUUAUACACUUUUCUGAUUUCUAGUCAAUUUUAUGCCCGUUGCACUCACAAUUUUUAAUUUUUUUUAUUAGUAUAAAUUUAUUAAAAAAAUUAAUUGUCAUUUUAAUUUUCUACAGCACUUUCUUUAGGGUACUAUACUCUUAUUAUUAAAUCUUGAUUGCCAAUUUCAAUUCACUAAUUCUUGUAAAGUAUACUGAUAUGUUGGUGUGAUAUUAUUAACUAGCAAUUGCCUGGCUGAAUUUUAGAGCUGUCAUUUGUUUGAAUAUUUUAUGUCUCAGCAUGCUGUAUCUUUGUUUAAAAAAGAAUUGAGUUCAAUUCCAGUUUUCUGCAUAAAAUUUCAAAACUUUUUUAAUCUACAUUCAUGGUGCACAUUUGUCUUAAUUUCUAUUAUAUAUUUUAUUUUGGUGUAAUUAUUAGUGAAACAGACUAUAAUAUAAUAAUAACUUUAUUUUUCCUACACAUGUUCUAAUUUGCCUUUGCCAAUGAUUGUAUUGUGCCGCUUUUAAUUGUAAAAUAAUAUCAUCUGAUUUCAAAUUGGUGCUUUUUUUAUGCAUUAAUUCUCAGGUUAUGGUAUGAUGCAAGAAUGCUCAAAGGUUAAAUAUUGUAAUAUAAGAUCUUACAUGAUAGUACUGUAAAAUCUAAAAUGUUAAUGAAGAGGUUAAAAUUUUAGUCAAACUUUCUGAGCAUUCUUCUCAUCUAUGGCUUCACUAUAUGAUUUUGUUGUCUUUCAUACAAUAUACAGUACCUUGGUUUCCAAAAUAUGUUAGGCUUACAAAUGUUCCAAUUCUUUUAAAUGAAUGUUUUCUUCAACUUAUGUAAUAUUUGUCUUUUUAAUACUGGUUUCAAAAUCCCCUUGGAAAGCACUUGUAUACAUGACUGAUCAGUUUCUACCUGGGAAAAUUAUUAUGGCGGCCCUAUUUGAGCUAAAUAGUAAACUUCAAAAAGGUAAACCUGUGGUGUUUAUCAAAAUAAUUGACCACUUUGCAUUACUUCUAAAUGAUAUUAUAUUUUUCAAAUAAGUUUUACGGAAACAUGUACAAAAUUGGUAAAGUGUCUUCAAACAAUAGCUAUUUUUGAAGUGGGAACAAUUUUUGUCAGUGUCAACAGUAUAAGAAUUGUUAGUCAAUGAUGGAAAAGAUGUAAUAACAAUUCCAAGUACUAAUGGAGAUAGAAUAAACUGACUUGAACGUAUCAAAAGCCCCCUUCAAAUUUGAAAAAUAGUGAAAUUGCUGAGAGGCAGGCUACAUUCUCAAAUUUGAUAAUUUUUAUUUGAUUAUUAAACUAAAUUCUAUGAUUGUCCCAAGUUUCAACAUUUGUUUCCUUUUCCAAUGAUUAAACCAUACAAUUCAGCAAAUUUAUUUCGAUUUUUUAUGUUGAAUUGUUUUUUAUAAAGUGAAUUUCACCUACAAACUAUACUGUUGCAUUAUUUAUCACAUUGAUUUCAUCUGUAAGUCAACAUAAUAUUUUGCAAUUGUCAAGAUUUAAUUUCAUGCCAAGAUAAAACUAUUAUGUUCAUAUAAGACAUUUAUUUUCACUCGCCAGUUAAUUUGUCUGAAAUAAGAAAGCAUUCCGUAAUUGUUCAGAUUUCAUGAUAUUAUUUGCAAGAUGUUUUGCGAUGACUUCUCUUUUUGUUUGUACUAAACUUCUAAAUGGUUCAAUGUAAUACUUUCAUUGCUUCUCUCAAAGUGCUUGUAUUAUGUUGAUCUAUUUUUGUAUUCCUGAUAAAAUUCUGUUUGAUGAAUUAGAAUGUACAAUCUUAACCUGUCCUUAUAUAAGAUGAUCAUAUGAUAUUUUGUACCUAGGCACAGUAGAUCUAAUUAUGAAUGUUGUAAACUGGAGUAUGUCCUCUUCAUAUUAACCUGACAAUAUCUUGCAUUUACACUGAAAUCUAAGCAUUAGAUAUACCCAUUCUUGACUGACUAAAUUAUUGAGAAUUGUAUUAUUGUCAUAGAAAUCAAGUAACCCCACUAAUUUUUGAAUCAGUCACCUAAAGAGCUUGCAAAAUUUCUGUUACUCUGAAAUAUUUGGUUCAAGAAAAUUUUGUCAAAUUUGCAGUGGUAUGAGUAAGAGUAACUCAUUUGGUUCUCCUUGCAUGCGAAAUUAUCUUUGAACUCAAUGUUUAUUGAUGGUUAGACAGUUUUUUAUGACUUCAUUCAGCAAUGUUUUUAUGUUACUGGUGUUGUUAUAAAACUCCUUCUCCAGUCUGGUGACAUUCAAAUGUACCCAAGUUAGAAAUUUUUUUUAUCAUCUUUGAAUAUUAACAAUACUGUGCUUAUGCCAGAGAAUCUGUAAAAUAUAUUAUUUCUUGUAAAUUUUUUCAAAUUUAUAACAAGAACGUUCCAUUUGUCAUUAUUGCCAAUCAAAUUGAAUGCUGUACUGUAACCUAAUUUUCAGAGAUAUAUUGUUAUUAUAUUUGAAAUUUUCUAGAUUAGAAUCUAUUGUUAUUAUUAUAUUAUCACAAUUGUUCCAAAACACUCUUUAGCAAUGUUCUCUUCUUUGUAAUGUGAUUUGAAUGGGAUUUGUGUCACACAGUUAUUAAGUUUUGUGCUUUGGAGUUUGAUAUAUCCUGGACCAACUAAAUUCCCAGUGUCACUAAAAAUGUUUUUCUCCUUCAUCCAAUGCAUUCUGAAUUUUUUGUGAUCACAUAAUAUUUUUGGUCGAAUUACUAAUGUUAUCAGUUCACAAUUUUGUUCAUUUGAAAGCAACCUAGAACAGUAAAAUGUUUAAUUUUACAUAUGCCACGCAAUAAUGCUUUAGCUUUGUGAGAAAAUUCACACCACUGUAUCAAACUAAUAAUUCGUCACUUUCUUUUUUCUGUAGA